UUAAAACAAAAAUGUGCUUUUUGGUCUUAAUUUAAGGUCAGUCGUGUGGUUAAGGCUAUGCUUAAGGUUCGAUUUAAAAUCAGAUUUUAAGAAGACAAAUUGUAGAAGCAGGCGUGGUUUAGCCGUGAUGAAGUAUCUGCGGCUGUGGUAACAAGUGACGAUCAGAAGACCUGGUAACCUGCUUAUCUGCCUGGUUAUGGUGGUGGGGGAAGGGUCGUUGGAGUUGAUGGUGCCGCCAUCUUGAAAAGUGCCAUCUGACAGUCUAGCUACAUUUUCUCGCCUGUCAGAAUCCGUUGAAAACACUUUUUUUUUUCUUCUUAGGAUUCGUGGCUUUUUUGUUGUUGUUGACACUUUAGGCUAAUGGCCCAAUAAGCUACAUGCCGGGGACUCACCAUUUACCGUUGUUUGUUGGUGUGCGUUGAUCUGUUGAGGUGGUCGUUCUGCUGCAUGUGUCAAAAAGCCUGUCUUGUCACUGCUGCCUGUGGAGCCUGUAAUGGGCCAGAGCUCCCAAAGAGCACUAUCAUUAUUUUAUUUUUAACUUCUGGACUCUAUCCCAGUCAGAAGCAUCAUGUUUUGGAAGUUUGAUUUACACACGACGUCCCACAUCGACACCCUCCUGGAGAAGGAAGAUGUGACUCUGACAGAGGUGAUGGAUGAGGAGGAUGUCCUGCAGGAGUGCAAGGCCCAGAACCACAAGCUGGUGGACUUCCUGGUACGGCCUCAGUACAUGGAGGACCUGGUAACUUACAUCACGCAGGAGCCAAGUGAUGAUGUGGAGGAGACGAUCAAGUACAAGUACCCUAACAUAUCGUGUGAACUCCUUACCUCGGACGUUGGCCAGAUCAAUGACAGACUGGGAGAAGAUGAACGUUUACUAAUGAAACUUUAUGGCUUCUUGCAAAAUGAAUCUCCACUCAACCCUUUACUGGCCAGUUUCUUCAGCAAGGUCCUGAGCAUCCUCAUCGGUAGGAAACCGGAACAGAUUGUGGAGUUUCUGCGGAAGAGGGAAGACUUUGUGGACUUAAUGAUUAAACACAUAGGGACCUCCGCCAUCAUGGACCUGCUGCUCAGAAUGCUGACCUGCGUUGAACCACAGCAGCUCAGACAAGAUGUCUUAAAUUGGCUGAACGAGGAGAAGGUGAUCCAGAGGCUUGUUGAUAUGGUCCAGCCUUCUCAGGAUGAGGAUAGGCACUCCAACGCAUCCCAGUCUCUGUGUGAAAUCAUCCGCCUCAGCAGAGAUCAGAUGUUCCAAGUGCAGGGCUGCUCAGAGCCUGACCCAUUACUGGCCACACUAGAAAAACAAGAGACUGUGGAGCAGUUGCUGUCCAACAUAUUUGACAAAGAGAAAAAUGACUCUGCAAUAGUCAGUGUAAUUCAGAUUCUCCUGACACUCUUUGAGACACGAAGACCAGCGUUCGAAGGCCAUUUGGAAAUCUGUCCUCCUGGUAUGAGCCACCCGUCCUUUUCAGUCAAUCAGAGCAUUCUGGAGGCUGUCAGACCUAGGCUCAAAGACUUCCAUCAACUGCUGCUGGAACCCCCAAAGAAGAAUAUCAUGAAAACUACAUGGGGAGUGCUAGACCCCCCAGUGGGCAACACCCGGCUAAAUGUGGUCCGUCUAGUGGCCAGCCUCCUGCAGACCAACACUCAUAUCAUCAACAUGGAGCUGAUUAACCUCAACACUCUAGGUGUCAUACUUGACAUGUACUUCAAAUAUAUAUGGAAUAACUUCCUGCAUUUACAAGUUGAAAUAUGCACUGCAAUGAUCCUAGCGAUGCCCCCAGCCCAAAGUGAAAACCUCAAAAUCAACAGUGAUCAGGACCCUGUCAGAGAAAGCCACCUCAUCAAUCAUCUGUUUCAGAAGUGCCAGUUUAUACAGAGAAUUCUUGAUGCAUGGAGCUCCAAUGAGAAAGCGCAGGCUGAGGGUGGACGUAGACAGGGCUACAUGGGCCACUUGACCAGAAUAGCCAACUCCAUAGUGCACAACAGCGACAAGGGCCCCAAUGGUACACAGAUACAGCAGCUCAUCUCAGAGCUCACAGAAGAAGACAGAGAGAGAUGGGAGACCUUCAUUUCUGGUCAGCUAGCUGACACAAACAAGAGAAACACUGUAGACCUAGUGAACACACACCAUAUUCACUCAUCCAGUGAUGACGAGGUAGACUUCAAGGACAGCGGAUUCCACCAGGAUUCCUCUUUACAACAAGCCUUUUCUGAUUAUCAGAUGCAACAAAUGACGUCCAAUUUUAUUGAGCAGUUUGGCUUCAAUGACGAAGAGUUUGCCGAUCAGGAUGAUGUUGUGGAUAUUCCCUUUGAUAGAAUAUCAGACAUCAAUUUUUCCUUGAAUACAAAUGAAAGUGCGAAUAUAGCUCUGUUUGAGGCCUGCUGUAAGGAGAAGAUCCAGCAGUUUGAAGAUGCAGGCUCUGAUGAGGAGGACAUCUGGGACGAGAAAGAUGUUACUUUCGCACCAGACGCUCAGAGACGUCCUCGGAGCUCUGGCAGCACAGAUAGUGAGGAGAGCACAGACUCUGAGGAGGAGGAUGUUAAACGUGAUCCCUUUGACCCCAACAAUGCCAGCUCUGAUGACAGAAUGGAGGUGGACACUGGGCCUCUGUGGACAGCUAACUUUGACGACAUACCCAUGGACACCGGGAGUUCUACGGCGAUGGGAGAAUCUGCCCCAGCCUCUGCUGCCCCAGCCUCCCCCUCCUCCCCUGCGGUUAUACCAGAGUCUGCUGGCUGGAGCUCCCCCAAUGCCUCCCCUGGCAAAGCCAUGGGCUGGGCAGACUUCUCUAGCAACUUCUCACCAGUUAGACCCAAAGAUCCUUUGAGGAGCAAUUCCCCAGUAGCAAUGGAGACCUGUAUAGAGACAGGAGACCCCUUGGGUGUCAAUGCACCAAUGCAGCAUGAAGAUUCUGACCAGUGGCCAGGGGAUGAGGCAGCCCAGCCAGCCAGCUCCCCUGGAGGGAAAGCCGGAAGCUUGGAUGCAGAGGAGUCCGUCACCACUGAGACGGUCACCAAUGGAUCCAUGAAGGAAACAGUUAGCCUUACUGUAGAUGCCAAAACUGAAACUGCCAUUUUCAAGAGUGAGGAUGUGAAGUUGUCUACCUCAGAGGACGCAUCUGCAAAGUACGUGGUGAGGGAGAGUGCAACACCAGAGAAGAGGGUCCCUGCAUCUGUCCAGCCUGUCAGCAACCGUUCCAAACCAGGUGCACACCAUUCAGAUGAGAAAUCAAAAGUCCCCAGUGAUGCUGUUAAUGGUCCCCUAGAAGGAACAGCAAUGCACGAAGCCAAAACAGAGCAGAGCGUGGCCUCACCGGCGGCAGCUGUGAACGGCCCAGGGUGAUGUGUGGUUCCUGCCACGCACAGCUCUCUCCCUGGGCCACCAGUAGAGGGCAGUGCAAGUCCAGAGUCAGAGCUACUGCUGCACUAACUUCACCAGAUCAGGACCAGCAAUAUUAAUAUUAGGCUUACAGACAGUUGUACAGGAAGUUGGAACUGAAUGAAGAGAUACUCUAAUGGAUACAGUUAUUAUUUUUUUGCAUUCGUUUAUAUACUAUUGUUAUGAGGUGAUCCGUCUGAUAUUUUGCCACUCCAAGUUAAAUAGUAAUGUUGCUAUAGUUAAAAUGAUUGUAUGAAUAAAAUAUUUUAUAAAAAGAAAAUGUAUACAGAAACAGACGAUAACUCAAAUAUACCAAUUGGAAAACUUGGUGUGAUUUUGAUAGGGUUUUCCUUCUGCACAAAAUCUGAUAAUUUUAUUUUCAGCUACCAUGCAAUGUUAAUCGGCAACCCAUGCUGGUAUGUUUAUCAGUACGCUUGUUGGUAGGAAUCAAAAUAAUUUUAAAUAUUCAAAGGUUUAUUUUGCCACAGCUAUUAUUUGUAAAUGUUUCUUGUAUACUUUCAACAUGAGCAAGAUUUGAAAACCUUUGGUAUAGUUUUUAACUUAAUUUAUUAAGGUAGAUAAUGUUCUGUUAGUGCCAUACACAUGUUUUCUCCCCCUUGACAACAUUAAACUGUACAAACCCAA